UCGAGUCCCCCAUAGUAGUGAGAUCGAACCCUCCUCUCACACCGCAACCCUGAACUCUAGAAAAUAAGUAAUGCUGAAGCCAGUGCAGAAGGCAAUCGUCCUCUUGGGCGUGUGUGUGGCCGGCGUCGUGUGUGUGGACAAGUGCAGCCCCGACUGCACCGGCAAACCCGUGGGCAGCAAGGUUCCCGAUCCCAGGAACUGCACACAGUUCUACCUCUGCCUCAACGGCGAGUUCCCCACCGACCACCCACUCUGGUGCGACUCGGGUGAAAUCUUCGACACCACGCUAAAUGAGUGCCAGGUGGGGACCAACUGCACGGAUCAGUGCCCGACGACCGUCUCCAACUGCCACUUCACGUGCGACGGAACGUACGACCUGGUCAGCGAUCCGUCGAGCUGCAACCAGUACUUCGUGUGUCUCCCCCACGGGCUGGAGGGACCCUUCGAGUGUCCCGCGGGAUCCCCAUACUUCAACGGGGAAAACUGCGUGGACGACAAGGGAGCCUGCUGCUCCGACCCGUGCACGCCCUUCUGCGAGGCGGCGGCGACGCAGGUGCCGGAUCCCACGGACUGCACCAAGUACUACGUCUGCCUGGAGCCAGGGCUCGCGUCCGAGGAAUACCACUUCACAUGCGACGCGGGACAGAACUUUAACUUUGUCACGGGGCGGUGUGACAUUGGCGCCUCCUGCGUAAUACUUUGUGGAUCAUCCACACUGACACCGAAUCCAUCCAAUCCAUCAACACUGACGCCGAACCCAUCCAAUCCAUCAACACUGACGCCGAAUCCAUCCAAUCCAUCAACACUGACGCCGAAUCCAUCCAAUCCAUCAACACUGACGCCGAAUCCAUCCAAUCCAUCAACAUUUUCAUCAAAUCCAUCCAUUCCAUCCACACUGACUCCAGCUCCCUCCACAACCCCCACGCUCACGCCAUCGCCUUCGGUGACAUCCACAACCAUGGAAACGUCGACGGCCGGGUGCGUCGACAGCCUGCUGUGUACAGUGAUAGGGGCCGUACCAAAGUGCAACAUCUGCGAAAAGGAAUUCUUCUACUGCGACACCGUGGGCCAUGAGGCGGGCGUCUACACCUGCACGGGAGACCUCGUGUUCAACCCCGACCCGGCCUACCCCUUCUGCGUCCUGCCCAGCAACUGCCCCUAUCACCCACCCUACGAGGAUUAGAAACGCUCGAAUCUUUCUCGGAUUAGGAAUUAGAGUUCUACGUGCAAUUUUCUAAAACCCGUUGUAGUACAUCGAUAGAUUUUUUUAAUAUGUAAACGAAUGAGUUUCAAUACAACUAUUUAACAAUGAAAACUGUUUUAGUUUUGCGAGUACAUUGCUCAGGCUCACGCUGUUUUCAUUUUGAAAAGA